UUGUAAUUUGAUCAAUAUAUGUAUUUUAAUAUAUUUAUUUUUUGUAAAUUUGGCUUGGAAUUAAUAUUCGACCCAUACUUGGAAUCGUCAUUUCAUGUUUUCUGUUUAUUUAACGGAAAUUUCCCAAAGCGAACAUACGAUGUUCUAAGAUAUCUUAAAAAUAUCUUAAAAACGUCUUUAAAAUAUUUUUGUUACUAAAUUUAAUCAGAUAAAAACUUUUAUUAAAACAUACUUAAAUCUUGAUACAUGUAUAAAUUCAUCAAAUAAAUAUAUUUUUAAUGCAACUCGUACAUUUGAAAUUACACUCACGAACCAAUCGACUCCACGCAGCGCGCAAAUUUUCUUCUCAGCCUUUCUAUGAAAAUUAUCUGAAACGAAAACGAAAAAUUCUUUAAGGCGCGAGGAAAAACAUUAUUGAAAAUCCUUAAUCGUAAUUUCAGUCAGAAAAAAAUAUCUUUGAUAAUCACUUUACCGCGUCCGGACGUUCAAAAAAAUCUGUCGUAUGAAAUUAAAUAUUAGAGCGACCCGUUUGUUCACAUUCAAAAUAUCAAUUAGCCUUUGAAACUGGCAUCAUUAGACUCGAGCUACAAUAGAUAGUUUAAGCUGUAAGAAAUUAAUCAAUCAUGAUUAAUUUCGCCUUACGUUCGACUAUGAUUGGUCAAUUUCUUACGAUAUAAUGUGACCAAUCAGCUUAUCACUCUUCCAUAAGAGCGAUAUAUCAAUUGGUCUCAUUUUUUGCCUCGUUCGCCACAUCCUAUAGGCAGAAGCCAUUAGCAUCUCGAUGGUUUCAUGAGAAACCGUUUUCACCGGUAUGGACAUGCAAAUUUCACCAGCAGGAAAUUCUUCGUCGGAGAUUGGCAACAUUGAUUCCGCUCGCAUAUACUGACAAGUGGGUGAUGGCCGCCUGACAUUUCACUUUCGUUGAAGUUUACCGAAUUGUGUCCUCGCGUGUGCGUGUCCGGGAUCAUUGCGACAGGCGGUGGUACGACGCCGGUGAUGAUCGCGCGGCUAUUCGGCUAAUUUAUUCGUUUUGAGAGCGGUACGACGAGGAACGGCGGCAUUUAUGCCCGAGAGGAACACGGCCGGCGACAUGAGCAAGACCGGGGAGGACAACUUGAGGCAUCUCCAUUUUGAGCAGUCUGUGCAAUUCAGUGGACGGGAGGAUCAACAUUCAGUUGAAUUAUGUAGCACAAAUGUAACUAUUAUUCCUUCCCCCGGUGAUCAUGACCAUGGCAGUUCUAAAGUAAAAUUAAAAAAUAUUGUUGAUUUUACAUGGGAUCAUCAUCUUUACACUGGCCAAUUGUUGGCUGUUCAUGUAUCUGGAAAAUAUUUAGCCUAUGGUUUAAAAGUUGGUACCGGUGGUGGGGUAGUUCGUGUUGUAUACAAGGAAUUAGAACAUAGAGCUCUACUGCGAGGAAUGCGUGGUGCUAUUCAAGAUCUUGCAUUCGCCCAUGUUUCAAAUGCAAUUCUUGCGUGUAUCGAUUAUACAGGAUCACUUUUUAUACAUACAAUUGAACCUACGCCAUCUGAAUUAUUAUGUAGUUUAGUAUUACAAGUAGACGCUGAAGAUGUUUCUCCAACUAGUCACCGAGUGAUCUGGUGUCCAUACAUCCCAGAGGACGAUGCUUCUGACGGAGAUGAAGUAUCAAAAUUAUUAGUCUUAACUCGUGGUUCCAAAGUUGAAUUGUGGUCGGUUGCAACAGUAACAUCAAGAUUUAGAUCGAUAGAAGCAACAAAUCCGAGUAUUAAGGAAAGUGGAGGUAUGAUGGAGAUCGAUCAGCACACGGGAAUGAUUGUUGAAGCUACGCUUAGUCCAGACGGUACUGCAUUAGCAACUGCUAGUACAGAUGGAGAAGUAAAAUUCUUUCAAGUCUUCCUUCAUGCUAAUCCUCAUAAUGGUCAGCCGCAACCACGUUGUUUACAUCAAUGGAGGCCUCACGGAGGACGACCCAUUUCUUGCCUAUUUUUCUUGAUAUCACAAAACUAUCAACCUGAUGUUCAGUUUUGGAGAUUUGCUGUGACGGGAUGUGACAAUAAUUCAGAACUGAAAGUAUGGUCAUGCGAAUUGUGGACCUGUUUACAAACAAUUACGUUUGCUCCAAAUCCUUCUACGGGCAAAGUGCCAGUACUAAAAGCAGGCUUAGAUCUUAGUGCUGGAUAUCUAUUUCUAUCUGAUAUAUAUAAUAAAAUUUUAUAUAUACUAAGUCUUUCAAAAGACAAGGGUGAGGCAUUAGCAUGUAUAAGCACGGUGUCAGAGUUUCUCCUGCCAUAUCCCAUUCUAAGCUUUGGAAUUGUCGAUGCUGAUCAACGUAAAAUACGGUCAACUGGCGAAUCACUGGAAGAUCUGUGCGAAGAGAUCGAAGAAAACGAUGAACAACUUGUCAUCUACAUGUAUCUAGUCCAACCAAAGUCAUUACAAGAGUGUCACAUUGCCUUUAAACCUGCCUCGCAAGCAAGUGGCAACUAUCUUAUAGACACACUUGCUCACGAUUCGUUAGAUUAUUCCGAAGAUCUGCCAGAUAUGGGAACCGUUACUCAUAACGGCGUGUCCGGAGAAAAUUGUGAGGGAAAACGAUCUUUGUCUGCUACAAUCGAAGCGACAAUUAAUCACAACACUAGCUUAAACUUAAUGACACCUGACGCGUUCAGUUCGCCUGCAAAGAAAGAGAACAACGAAUCUAAUCCAGAAAGCCCGGAUUUGAGAAAAGUCUUAUCCAACAGUCCUUCCCUUGCACAAGCGGUACAAGCUUUAAACGCGUCUGAUCCACCGCUCGCAAAAACUGAGAUAGAAGAACAAGCUCCAGCCAGUUGCGGUAGUAGUCCAUCUAGAGAAGUAAGAGAAAUCUUGUCUCUUACUAAACCAGAUGAAGAAACCGAUAUCGAUGGCAAACCGGAAGCAAAAACGAACGCUGACGAAGAUUGGUCUAAUAUCCCAAUGGUCCUGCUUAAAGAUGUAAGCGUACACGCGAUGCAGGAAGAAUUUCCCGAAGACGAUGAUAAUAACGUACAAAGGCAAAAGACAAAAGAUGAAACAAAAACGUCGUCCGAUGACCCCGGAACAUCAUGGCGAACAAACAAUGACAAUCUUAAUAAUCUCGAAUUGAACAACAAAUUGAAAUCUAUUUUAGAGAUAAUUCAAGAUCAAUGUCAAGAAUUAAAAGAAUUACGCGCGGAGGUUACUAGGUUACGGCAAGAAUCGCCAGUGUCCACACGAGUAGAGUCCACAUUAGCAAAAAUGUCUGAACAGCAAAACGCGAACUUUGAACAAAUCUGUAUGAAUCUAUACGAUCAAGUGACUCGUCAACAUGAAUUUCUAAAUACAUUCGAGACAACGAUCAAAGAAAAGAUUGAAACUACUUUGCCACGUACAAUUGAAGAAACAAUAAAACCAUUGAAACAUCAAAUGAGAUUAGAUGCAAAUCAAAUGGAUGAACUCUUUCAAAAGAAUGUAAGUGAAUUGAUAAACAGCUCACAUGUAAAGGAUACUCUAUCUUUGACAGCUGCAAAUGCAGCUAAACCAGCUCUCGACGUUGCUUUCAAAGAAACAUUCACGACUGUUCUUCUACCUAAUAUGGAAAAGGUUUGCCAAAUUAUGUUUAAACAAAUCCAAGAUGUGUUUGCUAAGGGCACUCGUGAUUAUUUACAGCAUACUGAUACAGUUAUCAAUAAGCAGUGUCAACGUUAUAAUGAGCAAUUGAGCGAAACAUUAUCAACUUUGAUACGCGAAGAAAUACAGACUGAAUUGAAUAGAGUUUUGACGACGAUACAAGACAACAUUAUUCGAGCAGUUCGUGAUUCCAUACGAGAGAAUUUAAAUCAACAACUUACCGAAAUGUCUAGUGCGCGAUCGAGAGCUACCACACCUGCUAUACCUGUAGCCGCUGUAGCCGAUGCUCAAGCACGUGUCAUGUCUCUUCUACAAAGAGGUCAACUAAAUGCCGCUUUUCAACAGGCCCUGAGUGCUAGUGAUUUAGGAUUGGUAGUACUAGUGUGUGAGAAAACUGAACCUUCGAGAGUAUUUUCGUGUACAGCUCAAGGACAAAGUUCUAGAUGUAUCUUACAACAACCUGUAAUUCUUUCUCUUGUGCAACAAUUAUCUGCUGAUUUGGGACACCGUACCGAAUUGAAACACAGGUGGCUAGAAGAAGCAAUAUUAAAUUUAGACCCAAAUGAUCCUGUAACACGAGAACACAUGGGCACGGUGCUAAUGACCCUGCAAAAUCAAUUAGCUACAUUCUUAGCGAGUAAUCCGAAUCAUCGAUCAACGCGCCGCAUGAAAAUGCUCGCCAUGGCUGCGCGUGCACUGUUAAGUCAGCAUCCUUGACCGCCACAUUUAUGAGAUUACACAAAUAUAUGAUAUAAGAUUUUUUACGUUCUGUUUAAAGACUACUUUUAUCUAAAAGCAAUAUUAACAGAAGUCAUGUUUAAGACUGGCAGUAAUUUUCAUAUAGAAUAUAAACAGAUACAGAUUUGUGUAAAAUCGUUAACACUCAGUUUAAUGAACAUUCAGAUUUGAUUUAAUUUUAUUUAGAAGAUGCGUAUGUGUUUAAUAUGACAUAAAUUUAUUAUUUUUUUAUGCGUUUGAAUGUUUCAAUGAAAUUUUUUUAAUAGUUUUCACAUAAGCUAUACCUGAUUUAAUUAAUGAAAGAUAAGAACGUUUUAAAUUCAGUGUAAUGUUGUUAAUUUGACCAUAGAUAAAUAUCCUACCUAAAAAAAUAUUCAGUACUAAAUGCUGAAAAAGAUAGAUUCCUAUACUGCUAGGUUUGGCAUGAACAAUUACAUUCUGUAUGUAUGAUGAUUAAGGAAUUCUCUUACUUGUAAGUUGACAGUAAACAUUACAAUAUUUCUUCAAAUUUUGUAAUUUCCCUCAUAUUAUGUCUAAACAUAGACAGUGCACGUAUAAAUUUCAUGACACGUUAUAUUUAAUCAUACUUGUACGAAAAGAUGCAGUUGUAAAAAUUUUUUAUUAAAGUAUCUAAUUUUGAA